CUCUCUCUCUCUCUCUCUCUCUCUCUCUCUCAUUUAUUGCGUCGCUGUUGAAGACGCUUCUCGUCUCCAGAGAGACGGAUGAACAUCAGCGGCUCUGAGGGCUUUAAGGCGACGCUGAGUGUUUGUUGGUACAGAGAGGAGCUGCAGGAUGCUGGAUGUUUCCACACAGAAGCUUCACGACUUCACAUCAGUUAACAGCCUCCAGACUCUGAGGAUGUAAAGCAGGAAGACUGACGCCGCUAAAGAAAACAGGACGACUUCAGAGGGAGGAAGACAGCUGACGGGGAGACCGUGGCCAUGGCUGAGGCACCUCAGCAGCAGGACCAGCAGCAGCAGCAGGAGGAGGAAGAGGAGCAGCUGCAGGGCUCUGCAGAGACAACCGAACCCGACGAGGGAUCUGAGGGGUCCGAGGAGCCGGAUGAGGUCGUGAAACCAGCUCGGCCUCUGCUCUCCGUGAGGUCCAUGAGCACCGUGGACCCGGACGAUGACUACCCCAACAUGAUCGUCUACAGAAAGAUUGAAGACAUCGUCACUCGUAUCCAGGACGAAACAGAAGGCAUUCCCAUCAGAACUGUCAAGAGCUUCAUGACCAAGAUCCACAGUGUUGUUACAGGUGCAGAUAUUGUUCAGUGGCUGCUGAAGAAUCUGGACAUUGAGGAUCCAGCUGAAGCCAUGCACAUCGGGAGUCUGAUCGCAGCUCAGGGAUACGUUUUCCCCAUCUCAGAUCACAUCCUCUGCCUCAAAGAUGACGGGACUUUGUAUCGCUUUCAGGCACCGUAUUUCUGGCCGUCCAACUGUUGGGAGCCUGAAAACACAGAUUAUGCCAUCUAUCUGUGCAAGCGCACCAUGCAGAAUAAGACCAGGCUGGAGCUGGCAGAUUAUGAGGCGGAGAACUUGGCGAGGCUACAGAGAGCUUUUGCAAGGAAGUGGGAGUUUAUCUACAUGCAGGCUGAAGCCCAGGUCAAGAUCGACAGGAAGAAGGAUAAAACUGAGAGGAAGAUCCUAGACAGCCAGGAGAGAGCCUUCUGGGACGUCCACAGACCCGUGCCUGGAUGUGUGAACACCACAGAGAUGGACAUCAGGAAGUGUAGACGUAUGAAGAAUCCUCAUCGGGUUAAAAAGUCAGUUUAUGGUUUGGUGGAGGAUGGAAGCCAGGCUCAGAGUCCCGUCCACUCCUCCUCACAGCACUGCAGGAAAGGAACCAAAGAAGAUGUGCAGAAAGAGAUCUUAUUCCUGAGCACCCAGCUGGAUCGUCACUGCCUGAAGAUGUCCAAAGUUGCUGACAGCCUCAUCACCUACACUGAGCAGUAUCUGGACUACGACCCGUUUUUGACAGCACCAGAACCGUGCAAUCCCUGGACCAGCGACGACCCGACCUUCUGGGACCUGGAGUCCAGUAAGGAGGCCAGUCAGCCGAGGGUGAAGAAGUGGGGGUUUUCCCUGGAGGAGGCCCUGAAGGACCCGACUGGACAAGAUCUCUUUCUCAAGUUUCUAGAGUCGGAGUUCAGCUCUGAGAACCUGAGGUUCUGGCUGGAGGUGCAGGAGCUGAAGCGGGUUCCCCAGCAGGAAGUGGCACACAGGGUGGAGGAAAUCUGGGCCGAGUUCCUGGCAGAGGGAGCACCCAGCACCAUCAACCUGGACUCCCACAGCUACGAACGGACCAGCCAGAACCUGAAGGACCCCGGUCGGUACAGCUAUGAGGACGCACAGGGCAAGUCCCUGACGGGCAAACGGCUCACGGGCCUCAUGCAGUCGUCCUGACGAGGUCUGGAUCUGCAGCAGGACGAACGGGUAGCAGCUGGACGGGGACUCUUGGCUGUGUGGGAGUGGAUGAGGAUCUGAAACAAGCUCAGACUGGAACUCUUGGAUCUGACCUUCGACACGUUGGAGUAGACCGGCAGCAUGCAAUAAGUCAGGAGACACCAGGACUGUGCUGUUACGGUUUAAUCGAUUCACUUUGACUCUGGAGGUUUUCUUUAAAAAACAACCUGAAGUUAUCGGGCUCACGCAGCUCGAUUUCUCUAACGUUAAUAAGGUAGCUGAAAGGGUUAAUGCUUCAUUUUCAGUUCAUAUAGACAUAGAAUGCUUGAAUGUCUUGACUGACGUCAAACAGACUUGGGUUAAAGCUGAAGGUGUUUUACUGCACUUCACCAGGAGGAAACAGUUUCCUGCAGUAAAACCUUCAGUGUAGGAGGAGUCCAUGUGAUACCAGCUGCACCAACCGUGCAGUGAGGAGGUGCUGACUGACGUUUAGAAAACCUUGAAUUUGGUGUAGCUGCAAAAACUAUCCACCUAACCAAGUUUUAAAAUCUUAUAUCAGCCAAAAAGUCUUUUUGAUCUUGUUUUGAGAC